AUGUUUCUCAUCUGUGCACGAGAGGCAGAGUCUUCUCAGAGGAUAAAGCAUAACAAUAAUGAGAGGGCUGUACUGGGAAGGAAUGUAACUAUCUUCUGCAAUUUGACAACUCUGGAAGAUGUUGUGCAAAUUACCUGGCAGAAGAUCCAAGGCUCUUCACCACAAAAUAUUGGUACUUAUAGCAGUAAAUAUGGGAAAAUUCUCCCACCCUUUGGAGACAGGCUGCACUGCAAGAUUAUCGAACCCAGUUCAUCCUUCAUAACUAUCCAGGAAGUGACAUUUGAAGAUGAAGGCUGCUACAAGUGUCUAUUUAACAUAUUUCCACAUGGCAGCCAUGGAGGACAAAUCUGCCUUUCUGCCUCAUCUGUAUCUGAAUUAACAACAGAACUCCGAUGCAGUUUUGAUUCAGAAGAUCAUUUUAGUCUUAAGUAUUCAGCUGUGGGAAAACCUGCUCCUGAAAUCUCCCUUUACCCUACAUUAGUCCUAAUGUAUCCACGAAAAGAACACCUUGCUCAGAACCCAAAUGGCACAGUAACUGUCACUAAAGUAGUGACCAUCUCUUUGAAGACUGUGAAGUCCUUGGGACUCCAGCACCUGGUUGUGUUCAUGGCUCAGCCCCUAAGAUUUGAAGAGAAGAUUGUUCAUUUGUCAGUAAAAGAAGAAUAUAUUGCGCCCCCCCACCGAAGUACAGCUGGUAAAGAUGUUCUUCCAUUCUGUGAACUCUGCCUUCACUCUGCUGACAGUUUCUUCUGCUGUGCAAAAAUGUUUUAA